AUGGAGUUCUUUGAUUUUGACGGAGCCUCAUAUGGGUCCCAGUCGCAACUUCGUGACGAUGAUGUAGCUUCAGACAGCAGGGAUUUCGAUGAAAAUGAUGAUGCUGUUGCCAACUACAAGUCACUUCUUCUGGAUCAACCAUUGGAAUUCCCUAAUGAUUUGCUGGAGCAAGAUGUUGAACCCGCCAUCAAACAAUCCCCGGGUUCGGCCAUGGAUAACGGUGUUUAUCCCAUGGGUCGUGCUAAAGAGCCCUGUGACUUUUGCAGGAACAUGGGACUGGACUGUUUUGUUGCCAACAGGGGAGUUAUGCAAAACAGUGGAUGUACCUGUUGCAUCUCGCUGUACCGAGAGUGUAGUUUCACUCAUACCAAAGCACCCGGCAAAUUUCUGGACACAUUACACCCGAUUAAUGAGAAUACCUACAUCCCAACCGGCGGCUUAACGGGGAAGAAAGCACUUAAAUCGGCUUACGGUGCAACCUUUGUUGGCGAUGUUGAUGGUCGGGGAGCAAAAAGUAGUUCGCGACUUUCACGCGAAGCAGUCCGCAUUCUCAAGACAUGGUUAUACGAGCAUAGCGACCAUCCGUAUCCCAACGAACAAGAGAAAGAUGAAUUGAAGCAGCGUACAGGGCUGAAGCGGACCCAAAUUUGCAAUUGGUUAGCCAAUGCCAGACGGCGUGGUAAAGUUCGUCCCGUUCCACGCAGCAGCUCUCCGGUUCCCGGUGCUAUGGAUAUCCCGAGGCAACAACAGCUGGAUAUACAUCUCAUGACUCCACUUGAGCGUUGGAAGCACUCCCCUCCUGAAAACGAACCUGCUGCCACAUCUGAUAUUCUCCGAGCCUUGGUGAACACACCUUUAAAUUCUGCUCGGCAGCGAUCGUCUCAAUCGAGUCACGUGCGUUCCCAUUCUCGGAAGACUGGGUCAAGCAAUGACUCAAGCCAUGGCAACUCAAAUAUAUUCCGUGCCCCUUCCAUUAGUAGCUUAGAGACAAGUCGGUCAGCCACUCAUUCAUCUAUAUCUGACCUGUCAUUUGCCUCCGCCUUCUCCCAUAGAUCCUCAUUGGGGUCAUUCGGUUCCAUGGACCGAAAGGAUCGUCGCCGCCGCCGUAAAGCCCCAGCACCCAUGAACACUUUCAAUCAACAAAAGACUCGCAGCACUCGUAUCUACCAGUGUACCUUCUGUGCCGACUCCUUCCAGACCAAGUAUGAUUGGCAACGACAUGAGAAAUCGCUGCACUUAGCUUUGGAGAAGUGGACCUGCUCGCCUCACGGAGGUGUCGUUUUCAUGGACGGCGCAAACCGUUGUGUAUUUUGUAUGGCGGCCAAUCCUGACAACGACCAUCUUGAAUCGCACAACUUCAGUACAUGCCAAGAGAAGUCCCCUUCUGAGCGAGCCUUCUAUCGGAAGGACCACCUCAACCAACAUCUGAGGUUGGUUCAUGACGUCAAGUUCCAUCCUUCAAUGGAUAAAUGGCGAAGUAAUACCUGCGAGAUAAGGUCGCGGUGCGGAUUCUGUACAACUAUUCUCACAACGUGGAAAGACCGAGUUGACCAUCUAGCUUCCCAUUUCAAGAGUGGUGCCGACAUGACUCAAUGGCAGGGAGACUGGGGUUUCGAUCCCGAUGUCGAAAACUUGGUCGAGAACGCGAUGCCCCCGUACCUCAUUGGCCAGGAAAAGUUCACAUUGGAUCCUUACAAACCUUCGCGCGCUACAGGGCAGUCACCGAGCUUGACAGUGCCGGGAGACGCUAACUGCUAUGAGCGUCUCCAGCGCGAGCUUAUGGUUUAUAUACAUAACCGCAUGGCCGCCGGUGUUACCCCAACGGAUCAGAUGCUGCAAGAUGAAGCCCGGCGCAUCAUUUAUGAAAAUGCCGAUCCUUGGAACCAGACCUGCGCGGAUAACCCAGUCUGGCUUGGAGUUCUUAAACGUGUCGCUGGACUUGAAGACGUUCCGGGCUCAGAGCAUGUUCAAUUCGCUAACUUGGGAAUGCAACCGCCUUAUGCUGCCCAAGGUGGUCUAAUGCGCCCGCCCGUUGAGACCAACUCCGUAGCUCGAAGCAUAUUUCAUCGUUAUCCCUUCAGCCAAAGUCACUCUGGCUCUGGAUUCCAAAGUCCCGCUUUCCCAAGCACUGGUCGGUCCUCAGCGGCAGCGAGCGUUCCAGGGAGCUCAAACGGUAGCUAUGCCGGUAGCUUUGGAAUGGUAGCCCCGGUGACACAUUCUGGCUUAUCCACUGAUUGGGGAAGCAGCCUCUCAGCUGGGGUCUCAUCGUUUUCGACGCCUAUGAGCGGUUCAGUGGAUCCGUUUGUGCAAAUGGGAUUUGAUCCUGAAUUCCUGCAGCAGCUGAAUAACCGUUAUGAGGAGUUGGAUUUGGAUGACCUACAAGGAUUAGAAUUAGGGGGAGACAAUCGGCAUGAGGGUGACCUCCUACCUGGAAGGGACGAAAGUAAAGUGGACACUUUGCCCGGCUCUAAUGUCGGGUCUGCACCCAUUCCUAUCCCCAGCCCAAAACAGACGGAUGUUUUGAUGGCCGAUGCUGUUCCUUAUCAAGGGCCACAAUCACCAGGCAAUGGUGGUUUCUGA